CAGUUACCCUAAUGGAUAGAUCGAUCGAUCCUAGUGUUUUACUUUUUGCUUUGCCGCCGCUCACUGCGAGAAGAAGAGCGUAGAAGUAGAACCCUAGCUGACACCAUGGUGAGUUCUACGAUGGAUCUCCCGGUUGUUUCGAUCUGGAAUUGCCUUUUCCUUCUUCCGAGUAACUAGGGGAUUUUUUGUUUUCGGCGGUCGCUGAUCGCCAACGAGGAUUUCCAGCAUAUUUUCGUGUUCUGAACGCGAACGUUGAUGGGAAGCAGAAGAGCAUGUUCGCCUUUACCUCUAUCAAAGGUAUUGGCCGCAGGUUCGCCAAUAUUGUUUACAAGAAGGCCGACGUCGACAUGAACAAAAGGGCUGGCGAGCUUUCUGCUGCUGAACUUGAGAAUCUGAUGACGGUUGUUGCGAACCCACGCCAGUUCAAGAUUCCUGAUUGGUUCUUGAACAGGAAGAAAGAUUACAAAGAUGGCAGGUAUUCUCAGGUUGUUUCAAAUGUCUUGGACUUGAAUCUGAGGGAUAACCUUGAGAGGCUGAAGAAGAUAAGGGCAAAAUUGAUGUUCGUCUCAAAAUAUGAUCCAAGCAGCUACUUCGGCAGUGAAUUGAUACUCGUUCGUCACCAAUCUCUCCACCUCUCUGCUAAUAAUUCCCAUGCAGAAUCAGUCCACUGUCGACAACUGCAAAACGAACCAAUCUUUUGCAAUCUUUCCUCUGUAAUCAACGACGUGAACAACAAAGGUUGGAGCUUUGACAACCUAACCACUAGUUUCGGAUCAGUACAACUCACCGAACCUCAAGUGGAGCGAGUGAUACUUUACCUCAAGGAGCCCACUGACGCAAAAAAGGCGCUAACUUUCUUCCAUUGGUGCUCCCAGACCAAACAUUUCGAACAUGGCCUGCAAUCUUAUUGCUUCAUUGUUCAUGUCCUUGUUCGUUCUGGUCUUCUUAUCGAUGCGCGUGCUUUGCUGGAGUCGGCAGUCAGCAAGUAUACAGAGAGAGUUGCAUCCAAAAAUGCAUCGAUUGUGGAGGUGCUUCUUGGCACUUACGAAGCAGUUUUUCCCGGACAUCGUGUUUUUGAUCUUUUGCUGCAGGUGUAUUCGAAGAAGAGAAUGGUCAGUGAAGCGUUUGAUGCUUGCGAAUACUUGGGAGAUCAUGGGCUCGAUGCGAAUAUAAUUAGCUUUAACACAAUGCUUCAUAUUUCACAGAGAUCUGAUCAGAAUAACUUGGCUUGGAAGAUAUUUGAAUAUAUGUUGGUAAGAAGAAUAUACCCAAAUCAAAUGACGACCGAAAUUAUGAUUGAUGUGAUGCUCAAGGAAGGGGUUUUGCCAAAGUUAGUGAGUGUUUUGGAUAGAAUUCGCGGGAGUAGAUGUGCCCCUAGCAUUAUUGUGAACACUACACUGGCUUUUAGGAUCAUUGAGGAGGGCAGGGCGGAAGAAGCAAUCGCACUUUUGAAGAGAAUGUUGCAAAGAAACAUGAUGUUUGAUGAUAUUGCAUACUCUUUGAUUGUAGCUAGCUAUUGCAUGUUGUCCAAACUAGACUCCGCACUUCAAUCCAAGGGCGAAAUGAUCAACAGGGGAUGCACCUCUAAUUCAUUUGUUUACACUUGUCUAAUAGGAUUUUAUUCUCAAAAAGGAAGAAUCGAAGAGGCUGUUCAAAUGAUGGAAGAGAUGGUUUCAGUAGGACUAAAACCAUAUGAUGAGACAUAUAAUCAUCUGAUAAUUGGUCUAUCAAGAAAUGGGUGGACAAAUCAGUGCUUGAGAUAUAGUGAAAAGAUGCUUGAAGGUGGAUUUUUGCCCAGUCUUGGCACUUGCAAUGAGAUGAUAAAGACACUUUGCAUAGUAGGAAAUAUUGAGGAAGCCAACAGAACUCUGACAUCUUUGUUGAACAUGGGGCUUGUCCCUGAUCAGGAAAUAUAUUUGAUUCUAAUUGAUGGCUAUGGGACUACUGGAGAUUCUCAGAAAAUCAUUACACUUUACUAUGAGAUGGUGCAUAUGGGUCUUGAGCUCAGUGUGAGGGUCUACAAGUCCUUGGUUCAAAACCUCUGCAAAUGUGGAAAAAUGAGUGAAGCUGAAAAAUUUAUUGGCAUUUUGGGGAGGAAAGGUUUGACCCCUACUAGCUGCAUGUAUAAUUCAUUGAUCACAGCAUAUUGCAACAGAGGUGAUAUACAGAGAGCACUUAUUUUCUACGAUGAGAUGAUUCAAAAGGAGUUGGUGCCAUGUUCAGAUGCUUUCAUGCUUCUAGUCACAAAAAUGCUGUAAAUAGCUGAUAUUUGCAGCUUAUCUCAUAAGGUAGAUGUGCAUGAUCCUGUACAGGAACGAGAGCCAGCAAUUGCAAUUCAGAAAGCUGAUCGUGCAGAAGAUGAACAUGACCAUGUACAGAAGCAAGAACCUGGAAGUGCCAUUAAAAUUGGUGAAAUCCUACAAGCUGAUCAUGGUCUUGUCAAGCAUCAAGAAUCAAGAAUCUGCAAGUGAUGAUAGCUGGGUCGUGGCCAGUUUGGAAUCCUAAAAUCGAUCAAGGCAAUUGUUUAUACUUUUAAUAUUGUCACCAUCUAUACUUUUAUGAUACUUCUAUUCAUUUGCAUUUUAUGAUUUUAAGGGAGUUGCCUUUUAAUGCAGAUGCUUUGAACUCUUUCAUAUGGACUGUUUGUGAAAGUUUCAUGCCCUCAAGAAAUUACAGUAUUCGUGCAUGUUUUUCAUGGAAUAAGAGUUAGUGCAAUAUAUCAA